GUCCGUGUCAUUCUUACCCUGCUGUGUCACCCCACAGGCAGGAAUGUGUGGAGCAGCUCCUGAGGAACAUGUUUGAUGGGGAGCAGACGGAGAAUUGCAUCGUCAAUGGCACCCAGGUCCUGCUGACCCUGCUGGAGACGCGGCGCUCCGGGGUGGAAGGACUGAUGGACUCGUACACUCAGGGAUUCGAAAGGUCUUACACUGUCAACAGCAGCAUCCUGCACGGGAUCCAACCUCGGCUCAAGGACUUCCACCAGCUGCUGCUCAGCCCACCCAAGAAAUCCGCAAUCCUGACCACGAUCGGGGUGCUGGAGGAGCCGCUGGGGAACGCGCGGCUCCACGGCUCCCGGCUCAUCGCGGCGCUGCUGCACACCAACACUCCCAGUAUUAAUCAGGAACUAUGCAGACUCAGUACCAUGGAUUUAUUACUUGACUUAUUUUUUAAAUACACGUGGAAUAACUUCUUGCAUUUCCAAGUGGAACUGUCCAUAGCAGCUAUCCUGUCCCACUCUGUGCAAGAGGGAAAGCCCCCCACGGGUGAGCAGGAGAGCAAAGAGGAGGCUCCCAACGGGAACGCGGCGCACGUGGAGCCUCCGGCCAACAGCCCCGAGAACCUCAUGGUCACCCACCUGUUCCAGAAGUGCUGCCUGGUGCAGAGGAUACUGGAUGCCUGGGAAGCCAAUGACAAAAUCCAGGCAGAAGGAGGGAUGAGGAGGGGGAACAUGGGCCACCUGACCCGCAUCGCCAACGCCGUGGUGCACAACAUGGAGAAGGGCCCCAUGCAGGCCCAGAUCAGCGACUUCAUCAAAGAGCUGCCCGAGGACUGCCGGGGGAGGUGGGAGAGCUUCGUGGAGGAGACGCUGACGGAGACGAACCGGAGGAACACGGUGGAUUUGGUGAGCACCCACCACCUGCACUCCUCCAGUGAGGACGAGGACAUCGAAAGUGCUUUUCCCAAUGAACUCACCCUCCAGCAGGCCUUCUCCGAGUACCAGAUCCAGCAGAUGACGGCCAACUUCGUGGAUCAGUUCGGCUUCAACGACGAGGAGUUUGCAGACCAGGACGACAACAUCAAUGCUCCCUUCGACAGGAUCGCCGAGAUCAACUUCAACAUCGACGCCGAUGACGACAGCCCCAAUGCCUCCCUGUUUGAGGCCUGUUGCAACGAGCGGAUCCAGCAGUUCGACGACAACGAGGAGGAGGAGGACAUCUGGGAGGAGAAGGAGAUCAGCUACGCAACCCAGGUCAAAUCAAGAACACGGUUUGGAGCGUCACAGACCUCGGAGGGCUCGUCCAAGAGCGACCUGGAGAACGGAGACCACGACGGGAGCGUGGACUCGGAGGAGGAGGAGGAGCCCGAGCAGCAGCCGCCUCCCCCCUCAGCAAACAGCCCCAAGAGCAGCAUUUCGGAGCAGAAGGAGUCCUCUGACACCUCUGAAGGGGCUGGCUGGACGGCGGUGUUCGAGCCCGUGAGCUCCAAGCCCCCCGUGCCCUGCGUGGCCAUGGACGUGGGCUCCAGCGUGUGGGACUCGGCCGCCCCGCAGAGCUCCGCACCCGAGGAGAAGGGAUGGGCCAAGUUCACUGACUUCCAGCCCUUCUGCUGCUCAGAGUCAGGCCCCCGCUGCAGCUCCCCCGUGGACACGGAAAGCGGCGACUCCGACGGGACCCCGAAGCAGGGCCAGGACAAGAACUUCAGCCCCGGCUCCCCCUGCGUGUGGAACGUGUGUGUGACACGGAAGGCGCCGCUGGUGGCCUCGGACAGCAGCUCCUCGGGCGGCUCCGACAGCGACGACGACGACAAUGACAACAAGGCCGAGCCCGGCACGGCCCCCACGGGCACGGCCCCGGGGCAGCAGGGCAGCCAGGAGGCCAGGAAGGACAUCUCCAGGUGGGAAGGGAUCUCCAGCGACGCCGACGCCGUGGUGGUGGAGAAAAUGGCCAUCGCCGACCUGGGGUCACCCAAGGCCCCCAAAGCCCUGAACAACGUGGCCCCACACUCGGAGGGGCACCAGAAAGUGGCCACUGUCGUCACAACCGUCACGGAAACGGCCACGAAAGACAGGAAAGAAGAGGCCUUGCCCUGCGCCGAAGCCACGUUGAACGGCCCCGCUUGAUGCCGCCGCUGCCACGGGACGUGUGUGACCCAGGCCAGGCUGCUCCUGGUGAUGCAAUUUGUCAAUUCUUAUUAUUUUUUUUUUCCAUUUUAAUUUUAUUUUUUAAUAAAUGCUGCAUUGAUGAGAGCGAGCUGGCAUUGAGGACCAGACACGCAGUUCCAACACCAACAGUCUGUCCGGAGAGACACUUUGCAUUGUCCAAAUGUAGCAUUGAGCAGUUUAGUCCUCACAGGAAUGACGGGCUCUUCCCAAGCAAAGCCUUCUGCCUGAUUUGAGUUGUCCCCUUUCCCCGUCUCCCUCGUUUUUUGUUUUGUAUUUGGGGUUCAAGUCCUAUUUUCCGAGUGUUAUUGCACACAGUAUUCAGCUUCUCUUGGGAAAGGUAGCAGGUCUAACGCCGGGACGGGGACAGUGCACAAGAGUCCCGCAGUCGUGUGACCAAAGUUCCUGAUGGAGCUGUCCUCGGGCAGCCUUUGCACCGCUUUUGUAUAGCAAUAAAGCCUUAUCAGAAACAUUUCA